AGAGAGAGAGAGAGAGAGAAGCUGAGAGAGAAGCUGAGAUAAGGGUCCAGCGUGACCAUAGAAGAUGGGGUCUCUAUUCCAGAUACUUCUAGGUUUGGAGAGUUUGCUAGUGGGGAGAAUUCAGCUGUGGCAGUGAUUAACAGCAAAAUAAAAUGGAUCGAAGAGACAGACCUUCCAGCCACCCCUCUGCAGAGCAGUGAUUCCUGAGCUGUUUGGGGGCCAACUUGUUUCCCAGCUGGAAUCUCUGAGCACUCGGGACCAAGGGAACAGCAGGGAGCUCCUAGAAGCUGCGCCGCGGAGAUGCUUUCAACUGAGCUGUAAGAACUUGACUGCUUGAGUCUCUGCAUUCCCCCCCCCCCCCCGGCCCAAUCCCUACCGCGGGAAGUCCCGGGGGAGGCGAGAGGAAGACCCCUGGGGGAGGGGCGGCGAGGGGUUCCCCGCUCCUCUAUUUCCCCUCCCCCUCUCCAAGGGCGAGCAGGUAUGGAGGUGCUCAGCCCAGGACUGGGAAACAACACCACCUUGCCCCAGGAUCCUUUAGGGACACAGGGCAACGACACUGGCCUCUCCGACGUGACCUUCAGCUAUCAAGUGAUCACCUCGCUGCUGCUGGGCACCCUCAUCUUCUGCGCGGUGCUGGGAAAUGCCUGUGUGGUGGCUGCCAUCGCUUUGGAACGCUCCCUGCAGAACGUCGCCAACUAUCUCAUCGGCUCUCUGGCGGUCACCGACCUCAUGGUCUCAGUGCUGGUGCUGCCCAUGGCCGCAUUGUACCAGGUGCUCAACAAGUGGACGCUGGGUCAGGUCGUCUGUGAUCUGUUCAUUUCCCUCGACGUGUUGUGCUGCACCUCGUCCAUCCUGCACCUGUGCGCCAUCGCCCUGGACAGGUACUGGGCCAUCACCGACCCUAUAGACUAUGUGAACAAGAGGACUCCCCGGCGUGCAGCGGCGCUCAUCUCGCUGACCUGGCUCAUUGGCUUCCUUAUCUCCAUCCCACCCAUGCUGGGCUGGCGCACCCCCGAAGACCGCUCGAACCCCGACGCUUGUACCAUUAGCAAGGAUCACGGCUACACUAUCUACUCCACUUUUGGCGCCUUCUACAUUCCCCUGCUGCUCAUGCUGGUGCUCUAUGGGCGCAUCUUCCGUGCGGCGCGUUUUCGAAUUCGUAAGACUGUCAAGAAGGUGAAGAAGAAAGCAGAAGCCCGUCCGGGUACAGCUCCCGCCCCGCUGCCCACGAAGAAGAAUGUGAAUGGAGAGCCUGGAAGCCGAGACUGGAGGCAGGAGGUGGGAGAAGGCGCUCCGUGCGCAAACGGCGCGGUGAGGAUGGAAGAGGAAGGAGCAGCCUUGGAGGUGAUCGAGGUGCACCGGGUGGGCAGCUCCAAAGAGCACCUGCCUCUGCCCAGCGAGGCGGGAGCUGCCUCCUGCGCUCUGGUCUCUUUCGAGAAGAAAAAUGAGCGCAACGCCGAGGCAAAGCGCAAGAUGGCCCUGGCCCGCGAGAGGAAAACUGUGAAAACGCUGGGCAUCAUCAUGGGCACCUUCAUCCUCUGCUGGCUGCCCUUCUUCAUCGUGGCCCUGGUCCUGCCCUUCUGCGAGAGCAGCUGCCGCAUGCCCACCCUGUUGGGCGCUAUCAUCAAUUGGCUUGGCUACUCCAACUCUCUGCUGAACCCUGUCAUUUACGCCUACUUCAAUAAAGACUUCCAAAACGCGUUUAAGAAGAUCCUUAAAUGCAAGUUCUGCCGCCGAUGAGAUAAUGGUGAUGAUGAUGAUGAUGAGGAGGAGGAUGUGGAUGAAAAUGAUGGAUGAUGAGGAUGGGGGCCAGCUAGCCACCCCAGUCCUUGGGAGUCAAAGUCUUGGCUUCUUUCCCUCCAACUUUUUCACCUACUUCUCUUGCUGCUUUCCUCCCCAGCUCCCAGCCCCCAAUGCCUCUGUACUAGAGGGAGCAUGCUUAGCCUAGAGGCUCUUGAGGUAGGCUUGGGUAUACACCGGACCCCACUUCUUGAAGAGCCUCCUUGACUCAAUUUUUGGCCUCAGCAUCAAUUUUGCUCCCCCAGCAACUGACUUCUUCCUUUUCUGCCCUAUAAACUUUAGCAUGAAACUGUAAGCUUCACCCAUGCAAGGGAAAUAUAAAAGACAUGAACAAAAUAAUCCACACUGGAACAUUAACUACCACCCCAGCAGCUGUGCAUACUCAUAUCUUCCUCUGUGGAUCCGUCUCUCCUCCACUGGAAUUUGAACUUAAGCUUGAAGACUUAUUCCCUUCCUUCUUUUCCCUAGCCCUAGAAACAUUUAUAGUUUUCUCCUGGUGUAACCCAACUUUCCCUUUCGUCUGCCCUUUAAACCCAAGCCAGACUAGCUGCACUAAUUUUCAAGUCUGGGGAAAGAUGCUUAUGCACUCUCUCCGUUGUCUUUCCCCUGUAACUAAGCUGCCCCGGAAUCUUACGGAGCACCCCGGUUUAGACUUGCAGAUUCAUUCUCCUUCUAACACCAAGUUUUCCUUGGAUUCAAAACUAGGGGCCGGACGCUUUUUUAGAGAGGACUUGUAAGUACCAGGCCGUGCCAGCGGGGAAGAGCAAGGUGGAGUGCGGAAUCGAGGGGCCAGUGCCUAUCUUGAUGUCAGCACUCACCAAAGAAACUCAAUUGGAUGGGAGAGUUAAAUUCUAUGUUUAGGUUAUUGGAAUCUUCUCGCGCUGGAAUCGCCACUUGCCCACGGAGGGAGGCGCCCUCCGGCCGCUGUGUGCUAGGUGAGCACACACAAACACAAACAAACACGCACAGCUCCGGGUCUAUCUUUGCGGCUCCCCAGCAGGGUACUAGCUGCUCUGUGCCUGGCGCCUGAGAACUGGACAGAACCCUUUAGUUCGCUUCUUGCGUCUUCUCUGCUUCAGCUAUUAAGGCUCGGUGGAAAACUGUUUGGGCUUGUGGUAGCUCUUGGGACCAGAAAGGCUCGGAAGAGAGUGUCGUUUCCCCCGCUUCAAUAAAUUUAGUGUGUUUAGGGUGCUGCUUUUGUUCCGAUGCAGCCUCUAGAGGACGCUCUGUGGCACCUGAAAGGACAAUUUAACCCAGGGGUGACAGAUGCAGACUCUUUCCUUACAAUACCCCGUUUGCCCUUGUAUAGGGAAAUAAUUGUUUAGAGUGAAAGACAUUGUACAAGUGAGGUUUGUUCUUCCGGAAGUCCAGGACACAAGGUUACCAGGAUCAUGGUUUCCAGACUGGAAUUCUGAACCAUUUAUUAAACUGUUCCCUGCAGGUUUGGCAGGUAUGGCAUUGUCUGUGCUUACCUUGAACACUUGUUCUUCCCUGAGAAUGCUUGAGAAUCUGCUACAGGGUUGCAUUUACUCCUUGACCUGCCUGCGACCCCCACCCUGCUUUCUGAACGACCCCCCCCCCAUCUACUAGAAAUCAAAUGUUUGAUCUAUUGAUUUCUAUUAGAAAUCAGCUGUUAGAUCUACUAGAAAUCAACUGUUUGAAUUCAUGGAGCUUCUCAAGCUUUUUCGCACUCAAAACUUCUUUCAACCUUUCCAUUUCUGCUGAGAAACAAUUCUUUACUGCCCCAGAAGGGAAGUUAUUUCGGUGCUCCGUUUGAAUAUAAUUUCCAUCCAAUAGUAUCACGGGGUUUGUUUUAGUUAUAUCUAACCCCUAAAGUUUUCAUCAAAAACAAAAUACAAAACACACUAAAUGGUAUCCUUUUCCAAUAACUGCACAGUUAGUAUGCUUUUUUUAACUGUACAUUUUGAAUAUUUGCUUCUGCUAUUUUGAGAAUUGUAUCGCAAACGUUGUCAAUUAAAACGUUCACGUGUGUUUAUAAGCAAAAAAAAAAACCAUCAACAUAACAGUUGAAGCCAUUUUAUUGUUUGCCAAACUGAACAAGGUCUCUACUUGGCAUCUUUUUUCUCUAACCUAAAGAGAGAGAAGUAGGCAGUUUGUCCUGUUAAAAUAGAUAAAGGAGAAAAACUAUGAGAACUCUCAGUAUGCCUUUGCAUAUGUUCUGCUGAUAAAGGGUUCUGGUAGAAAAAAAAUAAGACAGACUUUCUGUCCAACAAUUAUUCAUUUAAGAAUUAAAUACAUUUUCUCAAUAAUUUAAGUAAAUAGAAGUAUAUUUUAAAAAGUCUGUAUGUCUUCCUACAUUUUUAGAGCAAAAUAGGCACUUUAGAAUAACUCAAGUACAAAAUUUGUUCUUUCAAAAACAACUUUAUGCCUUGGCCAGUAAAUGCUACAUUUUUAAGUUUUGAGGUUUUUAUUUAUUUUUCUCCUUUACAGAAUUUUAUGACAAUGGUUUGAGGACAUUUUUUCUUCCAGACUUGAAGGGUUUACACGAAAUAUGGGGAACAAGCAUCCAAUUGAAGUAUAAUUAACCAAGGCAAUAGAGAAAUUUGAGAGAAAGAUGCAAAAAAGAUGCAUAGCAGGAAAAAACCUCUAAUGCUUCCUUCCCUUAAAAUAAAGUAUAUGUAUUACUUUAUAUAUGUUAAAAUAUGUAUGCAUCAGAAUUGGCCUUCACUCCCCCAUGUCACAUUAAAGGAGUUUAAUAACGGUAUUUAACUGUGUAUCUCACCACUAUUUAAGUAAAGAAUUUAUUUAUUAAAAAAGAAUAUAAAAAUGAUGUUAAUGCUACAAUAAACUGAUAUCAGUAA